AUGAGUUGUCUUGAUGAUGAGAAAAGACAGCUAUACUGCCUCACAGGUAACAUUUUUUUAUGUUUUUGCUAUUUGUGCACUAAGAAUACAUCUUGAAAAGGAAAUGUGAGAUUACUUUAAUUUCACUAAAAACAUGUCCACUUGGCAUGGUGCUACGAGUUUGACUUGCAAAUAAGUCACUGUGAGUAUAUCAAACCACAGGUGCACUUCAAUAAAUUAGAAUGCUGUAGGUGACUUCAUUGUAUUGCAGCAUUGUAAUUCCAAAAGUGAAAAAAAAGUUUAUCCAACACAAGAAAAUACUUUUUAGAAGGACAAUUUCAACAGUUCCAUAUGACAAUCUUUUUGACAGCUUCGUAUUUAACAUUCUAAUUUCUUGGAGAUGGUAAAAUGUGGGUUUUUGUUCAUGGUAAGCUAAAAUCAACUAAAAAAUAAAUAAAAUCAGAAAACUGCUUACUCUAUGUAGUCAAUAGAUGAGUUUUCAAAUUAAACUACAGAAAUGCAUGACGUUUUCUAUCAAGAUGCACCUGUACUGCCCACAAUUCCAUGCUUAACCCUCUCCAAAUCCAAACUCAGGACACAUCUAAUCCGGACUGCCUAUUCACUUUAACAUUUCCCAUAUCAUUUGCCAUUUUAAUUGAUGUUUAAUGUUCUGUUAUUUUAUUGUAUUGCUUGAUUACAUUUAACAAUGUUUGUAUGGUGACAUUGUGCGGCAUGAAAGGUGCCCAUAAAUAAAAUGAAUUAUUUUUAUUAUUAUUAUUAUUAGUAAAUUACAGAGGCACAUGUCCUGCAGCCAAUCAUACUGCAGCAGGGCGUGUAUGUGUCGAUAACGUGUGUAGGAUUCAUAAUAACGCUACAAGAGGAGCCCGCUAAACAUGGUUUCUACAUUUGGUCAUGUGACGUUCCCAACGCAAGUGCGAGAGCAGUUGUAACGUUAAUUUCGGUUGACAGCAGAGGGCGACAUUGCUCAACAAGGCGGUCCCCUGAGAGUGAUAAAAAUUGAUGAAUAAAUGUUUCUUAUUCCACCAACGCAAUAUUUAUCUACAUAUAGUCUCGAUUUUUUUUUUUUCAAUUUAGUACCCCUUUAAUCUGCUCUGACUGUGGUGUUCUUCCUUAAAAACAUGAUUAACACUGUUAAAUCUCUACUAAGCUUAAUAAAUUACACUUCACAACUGUAGGGGGAGUCCCAAAGGGAGGGGAAAAAAAAAGCCCAAGUUUCUUACUCCUAAUACAUACAGAGGCUCAUUUUAUCAAUUAGCACCAUCCUACAUAUUUGACCUUCUUCAAAAGCUCCCAUGAGGCCUGUUAAUUUUGGCUAUGUGGUGUCUCCUUUGCAGUUUCUAUGGCAGCAACGCUAUCAGUACGACAGCAAGAAGGUUGAUUAUGUGCAGGUUUAGGGUGAUCCAGUGCAGCUUCCUGUUGUGCCUUGGGAUGAGCGUCACAGUCUUUUUGGUUAUGUACUUGACGGGAAUUACGCCAAAAGAGCCCCCGGUGCCAGUACUGCCACCGUGCCGCCCCUUCUCCGCCGACUGCCGAGCUUUUCUUCCUGCCGCUGACGGACGGAUGAAAUGGCAUCGGCGUGACUGUCAGAUAGAAAGAUACAUUACUGACAACAAGCUUCAGUGCUCUAAUUUGAUGAGAGACCUUCACUUCAUCACAAGACCUCUGAGCCGCGAGGAGGAGGACUACCCGCUGGCGUACAUCCUGACCGUUCACAAAGAGCUGGAGCUUUUAGUUCGGCUACUGCGCGCGAUUUACGCGCCACAAAAUGUCUACUGCAUUCACGUGGAUGCCAAGGCUCCACAGGAGUACUGGGCAGCUGUGCAGAAGCUGGUGGGCUGCUUUAAAAAUGUCUUCCUGUCCAGGCGCAGCGAGAUAGUCACCUACGCUGGCUUCUCGCGCCUGAAGGCAGACUUGAACUGCAUGACCGAUUUGGCCGCGUCCGAGGUCGGCUGGAGGAAGGUGGUCAAUCUGUGCGGGCAGGACUUCCCGCUCAAGAGCAAUCUGGAGCUGGUGCGCUACUUGCAGAGCAAAGAGUGGCGGGACAGGAACAUGACGCCGGGGAUUAAGCAGCCGGCACAUAUAAGUAGCAGGACGAAGCUCCGAUACGAGGAGAUUGUCGGUUCACACGUAGCGCUCAUCGGGUCGGGAGUGAAGAAAGACCCGCCUCCUCACAACCUGCAAAUAUAUUUUGGGUCGGCCUACUAUGCGCUGACAAGAGGGUUUGUCGACUUUGUUCUUGAGAGCCACAAAGCCUGUGACCUCCUGGAGUGGUCCAAGGACACAUACAGUCCGGAUGAACACUACUGGGUCACGCUCAACCAAAUUCGAGAGGCACCAGGCAGCAACAUAGGUGGUGGCUGGAAAGGAGACAUCCGGGCUAUCAAGUGGGCGGAACAUGAAGGAAAGGUGCACAACGGCUGCAAAGGUCGUUAUGUGCGACAAAUCUGCAUCUACGGCAUAAAGGACCUGCCGUGGCUCAUCGAGAAGAACAGCAUGUUUGCCAACAAGUUUGAGAACCACUUCUUGCCCGAGGCACUGGACUGUCUGGAGCAGUGGCACAGGAACAAAAUGCUGAGCAAUGCGACCGUUCCCAUAGAGUCGUCAUGGCUGCUGGCCACACAGAGCAUCCAGAGCAGCGGCAACCGCGACAAGUACGCCGCUGCAUGAAAUCACGGCUUGUAAUGCUGUCCCGGAUUGUUCAUUCAGGGGGUGACCAAAAUAGGAAAUCAAGGGAUGAUGCGCAUUGUUUACCAUUCAUACUGUUUCAGGUCAAUUAUUGUAAAGAGUGAUUUUUGUUGUCUGAAUAAGGCAAAACUGGAAGGUCCACUCACCUUGUGGCAGAUUUCAGUCUUGACCUCCUUGAGGGCACGGUCCGAGAAAACACAACCACACGUUUGUAGGUAACAGAA